GUCGGCUUACAUUAUUAUACUGAUAAAGAAUUACAAGUUACUUCUGAAUCAGCUUGCCGUCUCGCUUGCGAAAUCGAAUCAGAAUUUUUAUGUCGCUCAUUCUUGUAUCUUGGACAACCACAAGGUUCUCAAUAUAACUGCCGUUUGUAUCAUUUGGAUCAUAAAACUUUACCCGAUGGUCCCUCAACUUAUUUGAAUCAUGAACGUCCACUUAUUGAUCAUGGCGAACCAAUUGGUCAAUACUUCGAAAAUCAAUGUGAGAAAUCUGCUGCUUCACCACCAGGUACCUUGGAUAAAUUGGAUACAUUACCAGUUAGCUUAGACACCACCGAAGAUCCUACUUUAAAUAAUUUAACCAGAAAUGAUGUGAACUGUGAUAAGACUGGCACUUGUUAUGAUGUUUCGGUACACUGCAAAGAUACACGCAUUGCCGUACAAGUGCGUACUAAUAAACCCUUCAAUGGACGUAUAUAUGCACUUGGUCGGUCAGAAACUUGUAAUAUUGAUGUCAUCAACUCUGAUGCUUUCCGCUUGGAUUUGACUAUGGCCGGACAGGAUUGUAAUACUCAAAGCGUGACUGGUGUUUAUUCCAAUACUGUUGUAUUACAACAUCAUAGCGUUGUUAUGACUAAGGCCGAUAAGAUUUACAAAGUAAAAUGUACCUACGAUAUGAGCUCUAAAAACAUUACCUUCGGCAUGAUGCCAAUACGUGAUCCAGAAAUGAUUCACAUCAAUUCAUCACCUGAAGCACCACCACCAAGAAUUCGCAUUUUGGAUACACGUCAACGUGAAGUGGAAACUGUGCGUAUUGGUGAUCGUCUUAACUUCCGUAUUGAAAUUCCAGAAGACACACCAUAUGGCAUCUUUGCUCGUUCUUGUGUUGCCAUGGCUAAGGAUGCACGUACAAGCUUCAAAAUUAUUGAUGAUGAUGGUUGUCCAACUGAUCCUACAAUCUUCCCUGGCUUCACUGCUGAUGGUAAUGCUCUACAAUCGACAUAUGAAGCUUUCCGUUUCACUGAAAGUUACGGUGUUAUCUUCCAAUGUAAUGUUAAAUACUGUUUGGGACCAUGUGAACCAGCGGUAUGUGAAUGGAAUAUGGAAUCAUUUGAAUCUUUGGGCAGAAGACGUCGUCGUUCAAUUGAGGGUAAUGAAACUAAAGAAGCUGAUGAGGAUAUGAACAUUUCACAAGAAAUACUUGUGCUGGACUUUGGUGAUGAGAAACGUGAGUUCUUUAAGGCUGAUCCAAGCACAGAUUUUGCUAAAGAUAAGACUGUCACUAUCAUUGAGCCUUGCCCCACCAAAACAUCAGUAUUGGCACUCGCUGUUACCUGUGCGCUCAUGAUCUUAUUGUAUAUCUCAACGUUGUUCUGCUACUACAUGAAGAAAUGGAUGCAACCACACAAAAUUGUAGCAUAAACUGAGGCGCAGAGAAACUACCGAGAAAAAUUAUUAGACACUUACGAGUACUUCAAAUUUUCCUACUAAAGAACUAACAAAAAUGCUUAAUAUUUCGAAAUAAUUUGCGUAGCAAAUGAAGUUCGAUAAGAAAACGCAAUAAUUAAUAUUUUAAGGAUUAAUUAAAGUUAAAAAUUAAAUAGUUGCUAAGUUUAAAGAAUAUAAUAUCUAGUUUAGGGCUGUUUUUAAAAUGUUAACUGAAAUGUUGCGGCAAAAGUGCGCGAAAAACAAUUUUCGUGCAAUUUUAGAGUCAACAAAGUAAAUAUACAUUUUAAAGACAAUAAAAUUAAUAAAUAAUUUAUUUAAAUCGAAAGCAA